AUGACGACGCGAAAGCACAAAUACCUGGCACAUGUCAAUGAGGAAUUUGUCGCUGCGCAGAUGGCGGAGCGAGCUCAACAACGCGUUGGAUCAGCGGCCCAUGGACUUGGAGCUGCCUCGAUUCAGCCUGAGCAUGAGUAUGAGCCUCAACUCGGACCAAUCAACUACGAACCUGAAAUUGUCGGUAGUCUUCCCAAACGCGACGCCCUUGUCCCUGCCGAGCGCGAGUCCAGUGUUCUUAUCAAGGGCGAAUCAAGUCCGCUUGUUGCGUUAAAGACGGAAGCAGCUCUUGAAGACAUUCAACCAGUUGUCGGCACCUCUGUCGAAUGCGAGCCCUAUGGCCCUAGAGAGCUAGAAACGAGUUCCCUAUUUGCGGGGAGGACGGAAGCACCUCCUCGGGACAUCCAGUCAGUUUUCGAUGCCCCUGUAGAGCCCGAGACUACUAUCCCUGUACAGCCCGAGUCCAGUGUCCAUAUCGAGCGCGAGUCCACACCACUUGUUGCAGUAAAGUUGGAGCCGGAUUGCCAAAACAGCCAACCAACUCUAUCGUCGGCUUCUACCCCGGCGCCAUCCACACAAGAGUCAGUGAUCGUGCGGACCUCCCCUACCUUCGUGCUCGCUGAGAAGGCCAAAGAGGCGAAGAAAGAGUACAACUUCAAGCUCUACCUCAUGGACGAGCUUGAUGAGCCCUAUCCUGUCGACGUUGAUGGCGAACAUGCGACCACGCUCAUCGGUGUUCCUGCUGGGGACUUGGUGAAAGAUUUUGAGAAGUUGGAAACGGUGACUGAACGCCUUGCACGGAUUGGGGUGUCGGAGGUGCGGAAUCAGGAUGAAGGACUCUUUUUCGAUUUGUGUGUGCAAGAACACAUUAAGCGCUUGGAGAACCGGAAAGAGACUAUGGGUGCCAACCAGAAGAGAACCGGAAGCCCUCUUUCUUCUCGAGAGGCCAAACGACAUGCCAGCGGUGCUCAGGAGGUGGAUGAAUCUGAAUUUUGCCAAACGCCACCACCAUCACCACGGUCAGCUGAGAAGAAAAAUACCACUUCGAAUGGUGGUAUCAUAUCUGUGGAGCGGUCACUUGUGUUCACGGAGAUCAUGAAAAAGGAGUGCGAUCGAAUCGAGGAAGGAGUCUGUGAAGAUGAAUACUACGACGUCCUGAACCGCACACGUAUAUCUGAAGAGCAGAGGUUGGACACGUCUCUUUGCGCUCUCCCCUCACACACAGAAUAA